AAAUAAUUGCGCAAAAGAAAAUCUAAAAGUCCUGUAUUGAUAACAGCAUGUCGUUGUUAUUUCUUGUUGGCUAAUGCAGCUUUACGGGUGGCGAACUAUCUCGCUUUGGUGUCAGCUUUGUCCUUUUUGCGCAUGCGCAUUACUGCUUAGGCAGUAUGGUUUAGUGAUGGGCACGGCAGUUCUUUUAAGAGUACUGAUCGGUUUAACAUCUUUGGCUAGCCUAGCUUGAAGAAACGUCUUUUGACCCCUUUUUUUUUUACCCACGAAAUCUGGCACAUUUUAAAAGCACGACUUUUUUUUGGUUGCAAUUUUUUGUAGCUAACAAUGCUAAACAUGUCCGGGUUCUGUGUCGCUGUCGGGCGAACGUGGCGCAAAGUGUCACAGACAGUCACUUCGGCUAAAUGUUGUUUGUCAAAAAAUGGCUACUCGCGGUCAAGUUUCGACCGUGGAAGGAGAUGUUGUCGCUGCUGUCCGGUUGCUAACGGGACGCGUGAGUCCAGUUCUCAACCACACAACUCGAAGGUGCCCGCAGCUGCAACCUGGGAGCCCAUAACAGAGGACCAGCUGCCACCGCCGACGCGUGUAGCAGCCGACCUGGUGGACAAACUUGAGCGCCUGGCCUUGGUGGACUUCCGCACCAAAGAGGGCGUGGCCUGUUUGGAGAAGGCCAUCAGAUUUGCAGAUCAGCUUCAUGUUGUUGACACCACAGGAGUGGAGCCGAUGGAUUCGGUUCUGGAGGACAGGGUUUUAUAUUUGAGGGAUGACACGGUGAUGGAAGGCAACCAUGCAGAAGAACUUCUGGAGCUCUCCAAAAACACAGUGGAGGAAUAUUAUGUGGCACCACCUGGUAAAAUACAUUUGGGACAACAACAAAAACCAUUUCUUUUGCUCUGUCUAAACAAAAUGCUGCUCCAUUUCUAAUGUACUUGUUUUGCCACAGGAAAUAUUCCAUUACCAAAGCGGGAAGAGCGGGCUGCCAUGUUGAAACACUCUGAAUUCUGACAUUUUUCAUAUGGAGGACUAAUUUCAUCAUUUGCUUUGAUUGUUUCUCAGCACAUCUACCGGGUGAUUGAAAGGUAACUCCCUAUUUUGAAGUACUUGUAGUUUAUUAUUUAUUAUCAGGCAUUAGCCAGCGGUUUCUCAAGCCGCUUGGGAACCGCAUUAACUGAUUUCACAAAGGAACUCUUGUGGGAUGGAAGACACAACUUCUCGUAUUCGCCCUUCAAGUUCUUCCAAAGUCGUUGGUUUGGUAGAAUAGACUCGAUCCUUUAAUCAUGGAACAUGCACAAAAAAAUGGAGAAAAAUAUUACAACAUAUGAAGAAAUUCUAAGUACAGUGUUCCCUCGCCACGUCGCGCUUCACGUUUUGCGGCCCCAGUGCUUUGCGGGGUUUUCCUAAACAUUCAUCCCAAAAAGUAAAAAUGCAAAAAUACAGCCAUAUCGGCAGCCAUAUUGUGGAAAGACGCGUUGUUUCAUGUUGACGCACAAACAAAGAUGAGUUGACUCGAGGCUUUGUACAUGCCACGGGCACUCGUACAAGGCGCGUCAUUGACCAAUGAGAGCACGAGUGGAUUUCUCCCGUGUGCCGAUUGGCUGCGCGUCAUCUUCCCUUGUCUCGCCAGUCUCGUCCACGCUGUUGACUGUUUCGCAUACUGGAUACAUACUUAGUGUUGUGUUCACGAUAACUUUUGUUCCCCAUUAACCGCGAAAAACGAGGGCUAAUGUAUUUUAAAAUGGGGAGUUACUUUUCAAUCACCCUGUAUAUUUAGAGUUGCUCACAGCUAAUAUGACAAACUGCUUGUCAUGCGUUGUUAUUUUUCAAUUUGAUGCAAAACAUUUAAUAAGUUCUUUGUCACUUGUUGAUACACAAGUGCAAAUAGUGGUUACAUUAAAUGUCAUGUAUCCAUUCUGGUAAUGUUCUUUUUGGGGGGAAAUUAUGUUUUAAAAUGUCUACAAAUUGUUAUAUUUGAUCAUUUCCAACUUUUAGAAAUGUUUCCAUAUUAAAUAUGUCGACACCCUGUGAUGUUUGAUCGUAGCAAUUAGCUAAAAUCACCUUUUGUAGCGGUAUAAUACAGUCAUUAUUUUUGUACUUAACCUUUUAUCUCAUUAAAUAAUUAGACAAACUA